AUGGUCUUCAAGCCGUUUACCCAUAUCGCGCGUCAGAGUUUCACCAAAGCCUUUACUCAUGGCUAUGCUCAAUCGGUAGUCGCGGCGUCGCAGUCAUCCUACGCGUCGUCGACAACACUAAAUCACAUUACCACCGCUAACCCGGCAAAAUUCUCCCGUACUACUCAGUUACAACAUGUUUUCCAACCGUCGAGUUCGGGUGCUGGCGCAAAGGCCAGCCACGGCAGCUCGGGCGGCGGAGAUGCUGGGUUAGCCGCGUACUAUGCGGCGUGGCAGCAGGCCCAGCAGACCGGCGAUGACAGCGACUGGAAACAAUUGCAAUUGAAACGGAGAGUCGGCUGGAAACCGCUGACAGAGGAGGAGGCGAGCACGGAGAAGGAUGAACACGAUCUGUCCCCGACCGCCCGCGCUGAUCUCAACCGUUCGCCCCAUCUUACACAGGCGUCUGCCAAUGCUGACGUCGGUGCAAAGGUGGAAGAGGCCGUUGCCCGGGAGAUUCAAAUACAGGAGGAGCAGGCUCAAGCGGAGGAAGCUUCCGACGUGCAGGAUGCUUCUGCCACAGAGGCCUUCCCUGAUCUACCGGAUGAUGUUGCCGCUGUUGGGGAUUUUGCGACGGAGGAAUCUUGUCGUGCUUCUGAGCAGAUUGUGCGUUUAGCCUCCGACAAGAAGUUUGCGGACAUUCCCGGCGCUUUUGCAGCACUUUUGCGAGAUGGUCUCACCCCGACCGUUGCUGCCUACAAUGCUUUGUUGGACUCGGCUAUCGAACUGCACGAUGAUCUAUCACAGGCGAUCCCGAAGGCACUCGACGUUUACUCGGAUAUGCUUCGUCGCAGGGUAAUUCCCGAUGAACAGACAUACCAGAUGCUCGUUCAGCUUUUCGUGAUGCGUGCCCACGAUGCAAUGAAGGCAAUGGAGGUGCUAGAGCAGGAGAGGGUCCGUUAUGGAGGAAUGGAGGAACCUGGAAAAUUCAUGUUACACUCAAGUGAGCUUGAAAAGGCCAUCCUUACCGAGGAUGAUUCUCUUGGAAUUGCCAUGAAAUUGUUCGACACCGCCACUUCCCGACAUGCGGACAUUGUCUUCCCUCUUGACAUUUACCGCUAUCUGAUCACGGCCUGCGCCAAUGAGGGUAAUGUGGAAGGGAUGAUCCGCGUGUAUGCGCACAUGGAAUCGCACAAAGUUACACCUCACGCUUCUAUCUUCCCGUCGAUGAUCGAGGCUUUCGCUUCCUCUGGCGACCUGACAAGUGCUGUGGAGUGCUACAACGAGUACCGAUCACUCGCAGUAUCCGACGACAGUGGUACAUUCUGUAUCGUUAAGCGCUUGGAUGGCCAGGUCUACGCGGCUUUGAUCAAGGCAUAUAUUUCCUGCGACAAGGAAGAAAAUGCAAUGCGCUUUCUCGAGCGGAUCCGCUCCUCCUUUGACGACGUGACGGAAAACCGUGAAACACGCCAAGAGGCCCUUGAAGCCGUUAUCAUCAACGAUGCUCUUGUGCAACACGCUCUUAAAUCGGGUGAUCAUGCAAAGGCACUUGAAGAAGCCAAGAACCGGUUGCGCGACGGGGCCUUGGAUCAGGCCAUGUCGCAGAUCUGCAUAACCGCGGCCGAUUUCGGGAACUCGAAGAUUGCAUCCGAAGCAUACGAUCUUCUUCCUAAGGACGUGGAGACACGACAGAAACCUGCCAUUUCGAUGUUGGCUCUGCACGUACGCGACGGCAAUGUGUCAUCUGCCCGAUCCCUGUGGCUCAUGUUAAGCACUGUGGGUCAGGCAACUUCGGAUAUGGUACAGCCGACCGUGAUGUAUGCUGUUGCUCUUCUGAAGAGUGGUCACACUGAUGAGUCUCUCGUUGAGGCGCGGAAUAUGUUUGCCCGUAUUCGCAGCUCCUACAACAACUCGUCUUCCAACACAAUUCGUGAACAGAUCAACGAGUGCAUUCACCUUUUCAGUCGCGUUCUUGUCCAGGGUGCUACCGUCCUUUCGCCUCAAGCUUCCAUGUCCCUUCUCUGGUUGAUGGUAGAGAAUGGCGGUCUCAUAUCGCCUGUCGUUGAACACGCUGUUGCCUUCCUUGGGCCUCUUGAAAUUUCCCAGCUCAGCCCUCGCGACCUGGCUCUUGCUUUGCAAGUCCAGGCUGGUAUCUUGGUAAACAACAGCGCCAUAUCUUUCGAUGCUGCCCACCCCAUUCGCUUCUCCCACAUGUUGGAUAUUGCUUUGGCAACAGGUCUUGCUAUGGACGCCACUACCGUCAAUCUUGUCGAUCAAGCGGUCAACAAGCUGUUCACUAGCCGACCUGACAUGGUCCACCGAUGGCACAGCUACCUGGGAUUGGUCUCUAGCCCGUCUACCUAUGUCUCUGGACCUCAUACUCCUGUUUCUGAAAUGUCUAGUAUGAGCUCGGCUCCCAGCGAGGACACCUUUGACCCUUACGCUUAUGCAACCGACUUCAAAGGAUCAGCGAUGAUUGCCGAUGGACUUGAGAGCACCCACGGUCGGCCAGAGUCCAAUCUCAAUGAAGCCCUUAAUAGACUUCGCAACAUGCGACGUGCUGGUCGUCAUCCCCGCUACAUCACCUAUGCGAAACUCAUCGCUGCCGCCGCCAAGAGCAACCGCGUCGACCUUGUACAUGAAGUCCUGAGCAUGGCCAGGCGUGACGUUCCUCUUCUCCCUCAGUAUAAGGCUGUCAAAUACGGAUGGACUUCCAUCCUCGAUGCCAUGGUUGCCGCUUGCUUGACCCUAGGAGACCGUGGGCUUGCUGCCAAGUAUCACCACGAGCUUUCCGAACUUGGCUCUGCUCCAUCUGCCAACACAUUCGGCUUGUACAUCACCACUCUGAAGGAGUCCACCAAAACUUUUGAUGAAGCUACAGAAGCGCUGAAGAUCUUCCACCGUGCUGUCGCAGAGGGUGUGGAGCCAACAUCGUUCCUGUACAACGCUCUCAUUGGCAAGCUCGGAAAAGCCCGUCGUAUUGAUGACUGCCUUCAGUAUUUCGCGGAGAUGCGUGCCAACAAUGUUCGUCCUACCAGUGUUACAUAUGGAACUAUCGUCAACGCUCUCUGCCGGGUUAGCGAUGAGCGCUUUGCGGAGGAGAUGUUCGAGGAGAUGGAGUCUAUGCCAAACUACAAGCCUCGCCCUGCUCCCUACAACUCCAUGAUACAGUACUUCUUGAACACAAAACGCGAUCGCAGCAAGGUCUUGGCUUACUACGAGCGCAUGCUAAGCCGCAACAUCAAGCCGACUAUGCAUACUUACAAGCUCCUUAUCGAUGCACAUGCCUCUUUGGAACCUGUGGACAUGGCAGCUGCGGAGAAAGUUCUCGAGACCGUCAAGGCGUCGGGACAAGAGCCAGAAGCCGUUCAUUACGCGUCGCUCAUUCAUGCCAAGGGCUGUGUGAUGCGGGACAUGGAAGCUGCCCACAAUGUGUUCAAGUCUGCAGUGUCAAACUCCAAGGUCCGCGUUCAGCCUUGUUUGUACCAAGCCCUCCUCGAGUCCAUGGUGGCCAAUCACCAAGUUGCACAAACCGAAGCGAUCGUUGAGGACAUGGCUAAGCGUAGGGUGGAAAUGACCGCGUACAUUGCAAACACCCUCAUCCACGGAUGGGCAGCAGAGGGCAAUGUCGAGAAGGCCAGGACCGUCUACAACAGUGUUGGAAUUGAAAAGCGGGAACCAAGCACGUACGAGGCGAUGACUCGUGCUUUCUUGGCCGCCGACGACCAUGCGAGUGCUUCUCGCACGGUGCAGGAGAUGCUCUCUCGCGGGUAUCCCUCGGCCGUGGCUCACAAGAUCGCUGAUCUUGUGGGCAAUGAUCUUUGGAGUUGUCUUUCUUCUAUGAGUCACCAUCGACUGCACACCCCCGCUAGAUCUCUUCUACGUUGGUUCCUGCCUCGUCGCAACUAUCACACCAGCCGUUCCCAUUUUUCGGCCAUGGACUCUACAAACCCGGAGCAUAAGCGGCCAAAGAAGCUAAUAUUUGCCCCCGGUGAUAUCGAAGCCGCGUCUCAGUCCCAAACCCCCAAGCAAUCCGAGCUGGUCACCACCGCGUCAGCCCUCCCAACCCGACUUCUCGCAGAAACUCUACGAGCGGAUACAAUGACCCCUCAUACAGCCCUGGAUAACAAAGUCGUCUCCAACCCUGCGCGUGCACACCAGUUCGUGCGCAAUCCCCCGCUCACAGUCUCCCAAUUGCACCCGACAAACCCGCUAUACCAGUUCCAUGCUUGGUUUCGUGACCCUCGAUUAGAGCUCUCGUCGGCGCCGGAGACGUGCACACUUGCCACGGCGUCUCUCCCAUCGGGCCGUGUGAGUGCUCGUGUAGUGUAUCUCAAGGAGUUGGAUGAGAGAGGUUGGACGGUAUACAGCAAUUGGGGCAGUCGGGAGGGAAAAGGCGGGCAGGUUUUCGGGUCGGGCGGGAGCGACAAUGCUGACAGUAGUGCUCCCGAUGCGAUGCCUGUUUCAUCGGGGGUGGAUGAGCCGCUGGUCCAAGAUUUGGGGCUACAGCAGCAAGGAAACAAAUGGGCUGCGCUGACAUUCUGCUGGCCGGUGUUAGAACGCCAAGUCCGGAUCGAAGGGAUAGUUGAGCCGUUGAGUCGCGAGGAGAGCGAGCUGUAUUGGCGGACGAGGGAACGCGGGAGCCAGAUUGGGGCCUGGGCUAGCUGGCAAAGCAAAGUACUUUGGUCUGCUGAGCCUGAUAGUCUUGUGAGUCGGCGACGAAAGAGCUUUGGGCCCGGUGAGGACUCGAUCGUUUAUCCUGAGAUUCCUCAUGAUGUUAAUGAGACGGAUAUUGACGAUGGGCGUGAGCUGUUGGAGAAGAGGGUGCAAGAGAUGGAGACGCGGUUUGCUGAUACAAGGGACAUCCCUCUACCUCCAUUCUGGGGAGGCGUACGUUUGAUUCCGGAGUCAGUGGAGUUCUGGCAGGGCCGUCGCAGUCGACUACAUGAUCGAUUCCGGUACGUGCGGAUUCAUGGCACGGACGAAUCGUCGUAUGAAUGGCGGAUUGAGCGUCUUUCACCAUGA